GCGGCGCAGCGCAGCUGUCAGUUGUGUUCGUCCUUCUCGUCAAAAUCUGUUGCAGACUCGACUAAAGUGUUUAGCAGGUCAGUGUACUUUGAGAGUUUAACCAAUGUACGGACCUAUGGGAGUUAAAUCUUGUUCUCCACAUAAACAACAUAUAUCACAGCGUAAAGUUGACUGCCUUGCACUUUGGUAACUGUUGGAUGGUAAAGGUAGACUGAGUUGGCUUCUUUGAGCAGGAAGGUUAGGCUACCCUGGAAGACUACACCUAAAUACGUUGUUUUAAGGAUUCUUCUUCCUAAUGUCAAUCUAUCAUUGAGUGUGAGGUAGCAUCGCUGGAAGCAUACAGGACUGCUGCCAAUCUGUGAGGUUUCGACUUGUUGCGUGAAAAACACAUCCCCCGGGAAUAGUGUUUUCGGGUAAACCCUUUUUUAAAACCAAUUUGCAUUCAAGUCGGUGCGUGUCAGUGGUGUUUUGAUUUCACAACAGGACAGAUUAUCGAGUGUCUGUGGUGGGUGUUCCCCAAUCCUCUGAUUCUAGUCCUGACAGUAUACAAGUCAGGUCGACUUUGUGGAGACUGGAGAGCGAACAUGAGACUGGAUGUGAUGGACUUCAGGCGUGAUUAAAGAAAUUGAAGUAAUUACCUAGGCCUACCCAACUGCCUGACCGGAGCGGCUCUAAUGGUCUAACGGAACAGCCCUCGCCAGAUGUGCGCUGGAGUCCAGUUCCGUGGUUCAUAUUUUUGGAAAAGCGCAGCAGACCCCUCCAUAGCCUACCCGUGCACUUAAAUGUAAAUAAAUGGCACCCAUAAUACGUCGAAUUUAGUGAUUUUUCUAUAGCCUGUAACUGCUGAGAAGAUGUCGGAGCAAGAGCGCUAUGGGGACGGACUGUGCGACGAUGGAGCUCCGGAGAUCAUCCCGCCGAGAGCGUCCAGGACGGGAAGGCGGAGCGGAGUCAUCCUCCCUGGCCAGGACAACGAUACCAUCGUCCUGGAGGCAGUGAGGGCAGCCCCACGCAGGAGCAGCAUCAUCAAGGAUCCUUCAGUGCACAAGGUGGCCGGCGGGCGCAAGAAGACUGUGUCCUUCAGUAGCAUCCCCUCAGAGAAGAAGGUGAGCAGCGCUGCCGACUGCCUGGCCUUCAUGCAGGGGGGCUGUGAGCUGAAGAAGGUGCGUCCCAACUCCCGGGUCUACAGUCGUUUCUACACCCUGGACCAGGACCUCAGCUGCCUGCGCUGGGAGCCCUCUAAGAAGGAUGGGGAGCGCGCCCGCCUGGACAUGGCCACUAUCAGGGAGGUUAGGACGGGGAAGAGCACUGAGACCUUCCUGCAUAACGGACCUGCUGCAGAACAUCUGGCUGAGGAGGCAGCCUUCUCUAUCAUCCACGGGGAUGACUACCAGUCUCUGGACCUGGUGGCUCUCUCCCCUGACGUGGCCAACAUCUGGGUAACGGGGCUGCGCUACCUGGUGUCCCACCCCUCUGUCAUCGGGCAUGGAGGGGGGGCAGGUGGGGGAGGAGGUCUGGGAGAGGGGAGCAUCAUAGGGGAGGGUAGCCUCGGCAGUAAGAUGAGGAGGGAUUGGCUGGCCGCAGAGUUUGCCGAGGUGGAUGAAGAUGGAUACGGGGUCGUCUCAGAGGAUACGGCCGUGGCAACCAUCUGCAAGCUGUAUCCUGGGAUCAAGGAAGCUAAGGUGCGCCUGAGGUUCAAGGAGAUCCAGAGGAGCAAGGAGAAGCUGACGUCUCACGUGACGCGCGAGGAGUUCCAGGAGGCCUUCUGUGAGCUAUGCACUCGCCCAGACGUCUACUUCCUGUUGGUCCAACUCUCCAAGGACCGCGAGUGUCUGGACGCCCAGGACCUCCGUCUCUUCCUGGAGACGGAGCAAGGCCUGUCUCUGGCCACGGCCGAGGGCUGUCUGGAACUGGUCCGACGCUUCGAGCCCUCCGGUCCUGGGAAAGAGAGAGGUCUACUGGCUCUGGAUGGAUUCUCCCGCUACCUGCAGUCCCCAGAGUGCCAGCUGUUUGACGUGGAGCACCAGGCAGUGUGUCAGGAUAUGAGCCUGCCCCUGUCCCACUACUACAUCAGUACCUCCUAUCGGUCCUAUCUCCUGGAUGACCAGGUCCAUGGGAGGGCUGAUCUAGGGGGCCUGACCAGGGCUCUCCAGGCCGGGUGUCGGUGCCUAGAGCUGGGGGUGACAGACGGCCCAGAGGGGGAGCCACUCCUGGGGGUGGACUAUGGUCCUGAUGCCCACCACCACCACCACCACCACCACCAUCAUCCCCACCACGCCCCGGUCACCAUCCGCAGUGCCCUGGAGGUGGUCAAUAAGUACGCCUUCCUGACCUCACCCUAUCCACUUCUGCUCUACCUGUGCCAGCGCUGUUCUCCCUCCCAGCAGCGUACCUUGGCCCAGCACCUGAGGAAAGUAUUCUCUACACGUCUCUACACCCCUGAGGCCCUGCCGGUCAGCCUGGGGGGGCGAGCCACCACCCUACCCUCCCCAGAGCAGCUGAAGGGCCGAGUGCUGCUGGUGGGGAAGAAGCUACCGCCCGAAGAGGAGGGGUCUGAGGGAGAGGUGUCAGAGGAGGACGAGGAGAUAGGGGGGGGCGGGCCCUUGGCUGGUCGGAAAAUGACCAUACCCGGGGAGGAGGAACUGGGCGCGGUUUUAGUGGUGCCCCCGCCCCCUCAGCCCAGGAGACUCCGCCUCCGACACGAGCUAUCAGAUCUUGUGGGCGUGGCUAGAACCGGAAGCCGUAGCUUCUACAACCACCGAGAAACAAGGAAACAAGGACAGCAGCACUCCCCGCCCAGCACCCCCUCCACGCCGGGCACGCCCUUUCCCCCUGAGUCGCCCUAUUGGACACUGUGCUCCCUGGGGGAGGGAGAAGCGGGACGGCUGGCCAGUGAGAGCCCAGAGGAAUUAGUAAGCUUCACCAAGCGCACCCUGAGCCGUGUUCGGCCAAGCUCCGUCCGCCUGGACUCCUCCAACCCCAACCCCCAGGGCUACUGGAAGGGCGGGGUCCAGCUAGUGGCCCUCAACCAGCAGACCCCCGGGGCCAUGCUGGACCUCCACAGAGGCCGGUUCACCCAGAACGGGGGCUGUGGCUUCGUGCUGCGGCCAGGGGUCAUGAGAGAUGAGGUGUCCUACUUCAGUGCUGUGACCCAGGGCUGUGUGCCUGGCGUUCCCCCUCAGACCCUCAGGGUGAAGGUGAUCAGCGCUCACAGCCUGCCCAAGCCGCAGGGCGCCGGGGCUAAAGGAGAGGUUAUAGAUCCCUACGUGGUUCUGGAGCUGCAUGGGGUACCGGCGGACUGCGCUGAGCAACGGACCAGGACUGCAGCACAGAACCAGGAUGACCCACUGUUUGAUGAGACUUUUGAGUUUCAGGUGAACAUGCCGGAGUUGGCGCUCCUCCGCUUCGUGGUAUUGGACGAUGACUACAUCGGAGACGACUUCAUUGGCCAGUACAGCGUGGCCUUCGAGUGCCUUCAGCCGGGCUACCGCAACGUGCCCCUGCUGGGUCUGGUGGGAGACCCCUUGCCCCACGCCAGCCUAUUCGUCCAUGUGGCCGUGACCAAUCGGCGAGGGGGGGGAAAGGCCCAGAGGAGGGGUCUGUCUGUGCGGAGAGGGGUACGGCGGGGGCGAGAGUACGUGACCCUACGGAACACGGGUAUUAAAGCUCUGGAUGAUACGUUCCGUCCCGCUAGCGCCCCUCUCAAGGAGGCCACAGACUUGCGGGAGGAUGCACAGAGGGCCAGUAUGACUUUCAAGGAGCAUUGUGGGCUCCCCCCAGUGGCCAAGCUGAAGCAGUGCAUCCAGACCCUGGCCACGCGGCUUCAGACCCCAGAGGGCCCUCCGGGGGCCAGCAUGACCCUGAAGGACGGCUACCCCCACUUGGAGGCCCUGGGCAGCAUCACUGACACCACGCGCAAACUACUGAGCCACUAUGAUAUGAUGAUCUCAGCCCAGAAGCAGCUGAUUGAGAAGGCAGACGCUGUGCAGGAGAGGAUUGCACAGGUUCAGAGAGAGGGAAUGGAGUUUCACGAGGAGCUGCCCAGGCUGGGAGAGAAGGAGGGGCUGAAGGGGCGCAAGCAUAGUAAAGCCCUGGAGAGUUUCACCUGGAACAUCACUGUCCUCAAGGGUCAGUGUGAUCUCCUGCAUGGUGCCAAGGCAGACUCUCUGGAUGCUCUGAGACAGUUGGCCUUGGCCUGUGAAGCCUGUGGCUUGACCUCUACCAUCUCCUGCGGUCCCUCUGACCUCUUCUACACCCCUCACGGCAGGAGAGGCAGCACCCAUGGCAAUGGACGAAUCUGACACACCCAACCUACCAGAGAGAGGGAGGGGGAGAGAGGGAUGGAGAGAGAGGGAGGGGGAGAGAGGGAUGGAGAGAGAGGGAGGGGGAGAGAGGGAUGGAGAGAGAGGGAGGGGGUGGGGACAGAGAGAGAGUGGAAUGGUAUAGAAUAGAGGCCAGAGCCUAUCCCUUUAUCCAGAAUAAAGUAGCAAGACUACUGAAGAAUCGUUGCAGUAAUUUGAAAGCCUCACUUUGUGUUCUUCAGUCCUGAGGCUUUUUAACAAAACAUGAAUGUUCUUACGUUACGUAAAAAACACUUGUGCUUAUUUAACAAUGUGAACUUGAACUUAAUAUAACUUUCUCAGUUUCUUUCUGUUGGAAAACACGGACUAAAUGAAAACAUUUUCUCAAUGUUUUUUUUGUUUCUCUGUGAUUGUGAACACAAAACAUUGUUCUGCUGUGAGGAAAGUGGUGGUCACCUUUAUUUUCAUUUGAUUUAUUGGACCUUUAUUUAACUAGGCAAGUCAGUUAAGAACAAACUCUUAUUUUCAAUAAGGAACAGUUGGUUAACUGCCUGUUCAGGGGCAGAACGACAGAUUUGUACCUUGUCAGCUCGGGGGUUUGAACUUGCAACCUUCCGGUUACUAGUCCAACGCUUUAACCACUAGGCUACCCUGUGUUAAAGUUAUUUUCUCUAUGGACCCUGUACGCUGAACCUAAUGUUUGGAUUUAGCUCAACUCACCAUUUCUGAGCACAGUGGUUUCAAGAACCUGUUUAAGUUCUCCUUCCUAACAUCCUUCCUAACAUUUGAAGCCCAGGGAGUCUAUGGAGGAGUCAAUUACAUUUUCCAGGAAUUCACAAGCAACAAGCGCCUGUUGUACUCUGUUAGCCGGGGUUGUCUGCCCGCCUGAAGACUCUCCAUGUAGCCUAGUGGUCAGAGCGUUGGGCCAGUAACCAGCAAGUAACCUAGUGGUCAGAGUGUUGGGCCAGUAACCAGCAGGUAGCCUAGUGGUCAGAGCGUUGGGCCAGUAACCAGCAGGUAGCCUAGUGGUCAGAGCGUUGGGCCAGUAACCAGCAGGUAGCCUAGUGGUCAGAGCGUUGGGCCAGUAACCAGCAGGUAGCCUAGUGGUCAGAGCGUUGGGCCAGUAACCAGCAGGUAGCCUAGUGGUCAGAGCGUUGGGCCAGUAACCAGCAGGUAGCCUAGUGGUCAGAGCGUUGGGCCAGUAACCAGCAGGUAGCCUAGUGGUCAGAGCGUUGGGCCAGUAACCAGCAGGUAGCCUAGUGGUCAGAGCGUUGGGCCAGUAACCAGCAGGUAGCCUAGUGGUCAGAGCGUUGGGCCAGUAACCAGCAGGUAGCCUAGUGGUCAGAGCGUUGGGCCAGUAACCAGCAGGUAGCCUAGUGGUCAGAGCGUUGGGCCAGUAACUGAAAGGUUGCUGUAUGGAAUCCCCGAGCUGUCCUUCUGCCCCUGAGCAAGGCAGUUAAGCCUCUGGGCGCCGAAGACGUGGAUGUCAAUUAAGGUAGACCCCCGCACCUCUCUGAUUGAGGGGUUGGGUUAAAUGCGGAAGACACAUUUCAGUUGAAGGCAUUCAGUUGUACAACUGACUAGUUAUCCCCCUUCCCCACAUGCAUCCACCUAAUUUAUCCCUCGGAGGAACUGAUGUAACGCUGUUGAUGAGAGCCCUUCUCGUAGUGGAUACAACGGGGGGCUUUCAUUCAGGGAUGGAGUGAAGGGUGACCCCCAUGUCCAAAAGGACAUGCUGAGGGACAAUUGAUUGAUUAAUAGGUUGUGUUAAAAAGGCUUGGUUGAUUGAUAGAUGUGUAUUUCUCUACUAGAGGACAUUAUUGGCAUGGCUGUGUUACUAUGAGGGACGUAUAGGGGCCCCUUUCUCUAUGAGUUGACUGAAAGUAUGUGCUGGGUUUGUCCCAGCUUAAAAAACUCACUCAGCUAAACACUGAUGUACUCUGACAAAGAACUACAAAAAUGGUGCCACUAGGUGCUACUACUAACCUCGGUGUGUUUUUAUGCUUGCCCACUUCUGAUGGAGUGUGGGACAUUAAAUGGGGUCUCCUGUGGCUCACAGGUAAACAUUCCGUUCUAGCCUGGGGUAGGAGGUGAUGUACUGUCCCUACAGUGAUGGAUAAUAGAAUGCUUCAUGAGAAAGGCUAUUAGCUAAAUAAAACUCAUUCCCUUACCAUAGAACAGGUGCUAGUUCUAAAGCCUGGGCCUCUGCGUUAACCCUUUAUGUGCAUUUAUGAACAAAACGACAGAUGAGUCGUUCCACCAAAAUUGAGCCUCUUGCAUUUUAUGUAGAAAUUGUGCACCAAUAUUGAAUCUGAAAAGUCUGUUAUAUUAAAUGAAGUGCCCUUUUAAUAUAGACCACAUGGAGAAUUCAAUAUCUUUAUAAGGAAUAACGUGCCAAAGUGCCAAAAUAUCAGUAUUUUGGCAUGUCCCUCAGUUACUGCUAGGAAGAUUUGAACCCACUUAAACCCAACAUUUCUCCCAAGUUUUCAACAUCAUUGUUGAAGUCCUAGUUAUUUUGUUGCUUUGACAAAGUUGAUUCUGAAGAUUAUUAUUGAUUUAAUGUGAUUCAUUUACGUCCGUCCCUCAUUUUAAGGUCAACCCUGUUACCUGAACUGAACUCGGGUUUUCAAAAUGGUGAAACUAUUCCUUUAAAAAAAGAAACAUUGAACAUCUUAUAGUCAAAUCAUAGUGUGAAAGCAGGUUAGCUGGUUCUACUCUUUUUGGCCAUUUUCUAGUGUUUAGUGGUGGGAAACUGAGCGGGUCAAGGAUUUCGCGUCAAGCCUUUUACCCACAGAUAGCCCUGGCUAGAAAUGUUUUACCAAGUUAAAGCUUGCAUUCACAUGCCCCUCACAACAAUCUUCCAUUCCCCCUGUCACAUGGGGAUUCAUGACUGAUUUAAGAUGAAAUCGUCAACCCUGAUACUUUAUUUGGCACAUAAUAGGUACUUACUAUAGUAAUGUUUUUAUUUAAAACCUCUUGAGAUGGAACGACCCAGAUACAGAAUGCAAAGAUUGCUGUCUAAUCUGCUCGACUGGUGUGUUGAUGUUUUUUGCUGUGUUGAGACGCUACAAAUCUUAAAUAAAACCUCUGAUCGAACAACACUCUGGUCCAUAGUUCUUUACUUUACUAUACUAUAGUAACUCUCUAUAAACCUAAAAGACCAUUUAGCAAGUUACAUUUGGUUACAUUUUUCUAAUAAAAAUAGAAUACCCCCCCAUGGUGUGACUUGGCAACGGGUGUUCAAGACAACGGGUGCGUUCAAGACAACUGGGAACUCAGGGGGAAAACAGCUUCGACUAGGAUUUCUUUUUUUAUGGUCAUCAAACUGGAAAUGUCAAGUUGGACACACUGGCAUCUUUCUAGAGUGCCGACUUUCCGACCUGAAGAUCACUAACGUCAUGAUUUGACCUCGAGUUCCCGGUUGCCUUGAUAGCCCCAUUAUACCGUCCCUUAUAGCGAUGUGUGUAUGGGCUACGGUUGCAUCCAAACGGGUACUGUAUUCCCUACGUAGUGCAUUACAACCUAUGUCUGUCUGUGUCUGCCAUCUCCUCUGACCGAGCAUUCAAACACAUGUUUGUUUCGUCCUGUCGCCCUACACUCUUGUCACAGUAUGUUAUUAAAUGCCCCUAGCUUUAAUUUUGAAAAGCUAGUUUUUUUUCUAUCUGAUUACCAAUGUCACAGUUGUACCCUGACUAAAUAAAACAAUAUUUUACUGACCAUUAAA